AUGGGAAGUAACCAGUCAUGGGUCACAGAAUUCAUCUUGGUAGGCUUCCAUCUCAGUGCAAAGAUGGAAAAGCUUCUCUUCUGGAUCUUCUCCCUGUUUUACAUCUUCAGUCUGCUGGCAAAUGGCACGAUCUUGGGACUCAUCUGUCUGGACCUGAGACUGCACACGCCCAUGUACUUCUUCCUCUCACAUCUGGCCAUCAUCGACAUGUCCUAUGCUUCCAACAACGUCCCCAGGAUGUUGGCAAACUUAGCAAACCAGCAUAGAACCAUCUCCUUUGUCCCGUGCAUCCUGCAGAUGUUUUUGUAUUUGGGGUUUGCUGCUACCGAGUGCCUGAUUUUGAUGGUGAUGUCCUACGAUAGGUUUGUGGCGAUCUGUCAUCCCCUCCAGUACACUGUCAUCAUGAGCUGGAGAGCGUGUGGGGUCCUGGCUGCCACUUCCUGGGUGUGUGGAUUCAUUCUGGCUCUGGUCCAUGCAGUUCUCCUCCUAAGACUGCCCUUCUGUGGGCCCUGGGAAGUGAACCACCUCUUUUGUGAAAUUCUGUCUGUCCUCAAGCUGGCCUGUGUUGACACAUGGAUCAACCAAGUGGUCCUCCUUGCCGCUUCUGUAUUUGUCUUAGUUGGGCCCGUGUGCUUAAUGCUAGUCUCUUACAUACGCAUCCUCUGGGCCAUCCUGAAGAUUCAGUCAAAGGAGGGCCGCGGAAAGGCCUUCUCCACCUGCUCCUCCCACCUCUGCGUGGUUGGACUCUUCUUUGGCAUAGCCAUGUUGGUUUAUAUGGUGCCAGACUCCAAUCAACGAGAAGAGGAGGAGAAAAUACUGUCCCUGUUUCACAGUCUCUUUAAUCCAAUGCUGAACCCUCUCAUUUACAGCCUGAGAAACACUCAGGUAAAGGAUGCCUUGUACAGAGCUCUGCAGAGGAGGUCUAUGUGA